AUGCAAGGUGACGUCCCAGACGGGCUCGUUUUGUUUCACUAUCCGCUGUCACCAUACGGUAGACGAUGUUGCUGGUACUUGGCACUUCGCCAUAUUGCAUACGCAGAGUGUGUACGUGAGGCCCCGCAUGAUCAUACAGCGCUUGGAAGGACAGCAGCGCUGCUCAACAAAUUCAGCAUUGAUGCGUCGGUAUUCUACAAAGCAGUUCAGACUAUGCCUACAACUCAUCCUGCAUUGAGCAAUCAGCGGUUCGUAAAGGAUCGGGCAGGCUUCUAUACCGACGACUGGACGAUGCAGCAAGCUGUCAGGCAACGACCAGAAGACCUAGUGAACCUUUGCCAGUGCUGGGGUAUCGCAGACUCGCUCUUCGCACAUGGCAGAGAGUGGGUUGCUGGCACCAGUAAACCCAGCUUAGCCGACCUCGAGGCACUCUACCCUGAGGUUUACAGCUGGCGUAGCCGCUUCGUGGCCAUUGUGCGAGACGCCAGAGCUCUAGCACCUAAGCCAGUCUCGCUGCAAGCCGAAUUCUCCAACAAAGAGCUCUUUGUGGACGCCGACGACCCGCUCAAGAUCGAAGCUGAUACCAUGGUGGAGCUCUUCCCGACUGAUGGCGGUGGUUUGACGCAUCAAGAUCGAGGGCGGCUAGUGAAGCUAACGAAGAACGAGGUGGCCAUUGCGAUGCAAACCAAGACGGGUGAGGAAGUGCACAUUCAUGCUCCAAGAUGGCAGUUUCGAAUCCGGGUACUUGAUGGAGGAGCCAAGCUUUAG